AAAAGUCCUUGAUUGCUUCAUUUUUCUCAACAAUAUCGCUAACAUAAUUACCUCAACCUAUUGGUUGUACAGUCCCAUUGGUCCUGUUUGGCAUCUUAUCGAAGCCGACCAGGUCCGACGAUUCGCGCAGCUUUUUGCUCGCAUUCGUUUUUAGCUGCUAAGCCCCAUUUGGCGCAGCAAGCAUGGCUGGUGAGGCGGCCAAGGGAACCAUGGGCAUUUUCAUCAUCUUCGUGCUCUCCCGUGCGUUGCAUCCCAUGGUCAUCGACUACUCCAAGGAGGAUGGAAAGAUGCUCUAUUCCAAGAAUUCUCCUGCAAUCAUGAGCCAGCUCUUAUCUAUGCUCUUCGUGAACUUCUUGGCUUGGCAGGAGGAGGGAAUGAAGGGCGUGAAAGCAUGCUGGCAAAUUCCCAAGGGUGCUUCGAUUUUCAUCGUCAUUGGUCUUUGGUAUGCCUUUGGCGACUUCUUGGAAAUGCUUUCCAUGGGUGCCAUGACCGGUGGUCUCUAUCAGCUCUUGCUUCAGUCCAAGCUCUUGAUCACCGCAGUGAUGAUGAAGCAGCUGAAGGGCACUACCCAGAGCGACCUCCAGUGGAAUGUGCUGAUUGCAGCCACCUUGGCCAUCAGCGCCUUUGUCAUGGUUGACUCCGGCAGCUCCGAUGGCGAGUCUGGCAUUCCUUUGAUGGAUGCCAAAUUGAAGGGCUUCAGCAACAUGUCCAUGUCGGCCAAGCUUUCCUUGAUGUCUCUUUCUCGUGUGAUUGCUUCCGUGGGCAUUGCAGCCGUCAUGGAACCGAGCGUGCAGCCAUCUUAUGAGUGGAGUGCG